UCGGAGAGUACAGGGAUUACCAAGAGAGGAGAAUAUUCCUCCAAACAAUUACUGGGGCCAAAAGUCUCAAGCUAUGUUCCUGGUUUGCUCUGUACGCACUUCUUCUCUUUUUUCACAACUUCUCCAGGUAUUUUCUUCGUGGCAAUUGAAAAAUCUACCAUCUCCGGCCUUCAGAGGCAAAUCCCUUCAUCUUCAAUUGGAUUUAGUGAAAUGGCACGUACCAGGAAUACUGAACUUGCUGAAGCACUGUCCUUGGUUGAAGAAUCUUAUCAUCAUAAUAACUUCUUAUGAAUCUACAUUCCAUGGACACUAAAGAUUUGGCAACAUUUUGCUUUCAGACACUGAACACACUCUCAUGGACUCGCCCAUAUGAGUUUGAUGCGGAUGAAUAUUGGAAUAUGGUAGAUUCUCCUGUCCAGUGCUUGACUCAUCACCUCAAGAAGGUGGUGGUAGCUGGUCAUGUAAUGAAGAAGCAGGUGAUUCAGUUUCUGGAAUAUUUGUUCGAGCAUUUCGUGGUGUUAGAGGAAAUGAAGAUAUUCGCGGAAAAGCAGGUUGUUGUAGGCAUUGAUUCUAGAUCUGUUGUUGGUGAAGUUCGUUGUUGUUGAAAGUGAUUCCAGAUCUACUCUUCUGAUGGCUCUGUGUUGAUCUUGGCAGUAAGAAAUGAAUAUGUCUUCAAAACAAAGAAGCUGUGUUUUUAAUGAAGACCGCUUCAGUGGACUACCAGAUGCCAUCCUCAUCCAUAUUCUCUCCUUAUUGCCAUCAAAGGAUGUUGUCAAUACAAUGUUAAUUAGAAGAUUUCAUCACCUCUGGCCAUUCAUCCACACACUCAAUUUCGAUCAAUGCAUGUGGCCGGGGCACAUAUGUGGCUGCUAUGCUCGAGCUAGUCGCCCAAUCUAUGAUGAGAAGUAUGUUAACUUUGUUCGUCAUGUGCUUCUUCUCCAUAAGGGCCCAACUAUUCAUAAGUUCUGCCUUAAGUUUCAUUUUAGAUCAUUUUAUGAAUUUUGGCAAAGAACAUCCGGCAGAACAGACAUAUGGCAUUAUGAUUUCCUGAGGAGUGAGAAAAGGAUGGCUAAUGAAAUUGGUGCCUGGAUCCAGUUCGCACUAAAUAAGAAUUUGGAGGUCCUUGACUUGUCUUUCUAUGAGCAUGGUACAGAUCAGCCACAAGCUUUUUAUGAUCUGCCUAAUUGUGUUCUAAGCAGUCCUCAUUUGGUUGAACUCCGGUUGACAUACUGUAAGAUAAAUUUAAAAAGGAAGAGUGAGCUCAAGUCUCUAAAAACAUUAUAUCUUGAUAAUGUUAUGCUAAUUGAUCAGUCAAUGAAUUAUAUUCUAUCUGGUUGCCCGAUGCUUGAGGAAUUGACGCUGCAGCUUUGCUAUUGCCGUAGAAGCGUGGUUCUGCUCAAUUCAAAUUUAAAGACAUUGAAGCUUGACAUUAGAUGGUUUCAACCAAGGAUACAUGUCUCCUGUCCAACUCUCCUAUCAUUUGAUAUGUCUGGAGCUGUAGAGGUGCUGGAUAUUGCAAAUGUAGCAUCUAUUGCUGAAGUAUCUGUCAAGCGUAAUUUAAUAUUUGACUUCAAUGAGGACAAUAAUUACCAAAACUUGAGAAUAUUCCUCCAAACAUUUAGCAGGGCCAAAACUCUGAAGCUAUGCUCCUGGCUUGCUCUGGCAUUUUCUGUGUGGCAGUUGAACAAUCUACCAUCUCCAACCUUCAGCUGCAAAUCCCUUCAUCUUCAAUUGGAUUUUGUGAUAUGGCACCUACCAGGAAUACUGAACUUGCUGAAGCACUGUCCUUGCUUGGAGAAUCUUAUCAUCGAAAUUACUUCUUACGAUGGAUUUACACCCUACAACGCACUCUCCUGGAUUCACCUAUAUGAGUUUGAUGCUGGUGAAUAUCGGAGUAUGGUAGAUGUUCCUGUCCAGUGCUUGAUUGAUCACCUCAAGACGGUGGAGGUAGCUGGCUUCGUAAUGGAGAGACAGAUGAUUCAUUUUCUGGAAUAUUUGCUCGGGCAUUCCAUGGUGUUACAGAAAAUGAAGAUAUUUGCAAAAAAGAAAACCUCUGGUAAGGCUUAUGAAACCUCUAACCCAAAUAGUCUUACAUCUGGUAAGGCUCAUGAAACCUCUGACCCAAAUAGUCUUACGUCUGAUAAGGCUCAUGAAACCUCUGACCCAAAUAGUCUUACGUCUGAUAAAGCUCAUGAAUAUAAAGAGAGGCUUCUGAAUGCACCAAAAGCCUCUGCCGCUGCUGCAGUGUUCUUCUACUGAGGUGAACCCUUCAGACGUAUUUAAUUAGAUGCUUUUAGUUCGAACAGUUUGUUUCUGGGAACUCUCUUGCAAUAAACAGUUAGCUGUUAUUGUUAUAAGUUGUAAAACUCCUGAUAACAAUAUGCACAAUGAAUUGUGCUGUGGACACAGUUUCCUGCAUUUUCUGUAAUAACUGUUGAACGGUUUUCCUGCUGGAUGUUAUAAAGUUUUUCU